ACCACAACCCUGGACGGUGCCCACCUGUGCCCGCGGUGCCAGCCUCUGCCUCCCGGGCCCCUUCUGGGGCGCAGGUCCCUCCGGACGUGAUGGCGUGGCGGCGGCUGUCCUGCCUCUUGCUUCCUGCCCUCGCUGUGUCUGUGGCAGCCAACGUGGCCCCGACCUUCCUGUCCAACAUGUCCAUAGUGAGCCUGCCCGAGGACCUACCCGUGGGUGCCGAGGCCUUCUGGUUGGCAGCUCAGGACAGGGACAAUGACCCUCUGACCUAUGGGAUUAGUGGUUCCUAUGCCUACUUCUUUAGUGUCACCCCGGAAACUGGGGAAGUGAAGCUGGCCAGCCUUCUGGACUAUGAGACGCUCUACUUGUUCGCCAUUACCAUCUCUGUGAGCGAUGGUCACAACAACCCAGUGCAGAAGGAAAUGCAGGUGAUCUUGGAGGACAGGAAUGAUAAUGCGCCUGUUUUCCAGAACACUGGCUUCUCCACCAGCAUCAACGAGACCCUGCCGGUUGGCUCCGUGGUGUUUUCCGUUCUUGCCACAGACAAAGACACAGGGUCUGCCGGAGCCAUGGUGUACUCCAUAGAGAAGGUCACCCCUAGCACAGACGGCAACAAGCAUCUCUUCCGGAUCCUGUCCAACGGCUCCAUCGUCCUCAAUGGCAGCCUGAGCUACAACAACAAGAGUGCCUUCUACCAGCUGGAGCUGCAGGCCUGUGACUCAGGCGGCUGGUACAACAACAGCCUCGUCACCCAGUGCUCCUCGCCCGUCUUCGUGUCCGUCUCUGUAAUCGACCAGCCGGACCUGGACCCUCAGUUUGUCAAGGAGUUUUACUCGGCCUCUGUGGCUGAGGACACACCCCAGGGAACCUCGGUGCUGAAGGUGGAGGCCAUGGACAGCGACAGAGGCAUCAGUGACCACGUGAUCUACAGCAUCUCCAACUCCACAAGGCCCGGCUGGUUUGACAUUGAGCCAGAUGGGGUGAUCACGGUCAGUGGUUCCCUGGACAGAGAGCAGCUGUUGGAGGAGGACGAGGAGGUGCAGGUGCAGGUCACGGCCACCGAGGAGCACACCAACAUCUAUGGGCAGGAAGCCAAAGUAAGCAUAUGGGUCACGCUGAGAGUGACAGAUGUCAAUGACCACAAGCCCGAGUUUUACAGCUGCAGCCUGCCAGCCUGCACCUUCAGCUCCCAGGAGGCUCAGGUCAACUUCACCGGCUACGUGGACGAGCACGCCUCUACCCGCAUCCCCAUCGACAACCUCACCAUGGUGGUCUACGACCCAGACAAGGGCAGCAACGGCACCUUCCUGCUGUCCCUGGGGGGCCCCGAUGUCGAAGCCUUCAGCGUCUCCCCUGAGCGGGCGGCAGGCUCAGUGGACGUGCAGGUGCUGGUGAGGACACCGUCGCUGGUGGACUAUGAGAAGCAGGCGGUGAUGCUGGUGCAGGUCGUGGCCACUGACUCGGUCAGCGGGAACUCUUCUGUCGCCUGGGUGACCAUCCACCUCCGAGACGUUAAUGACCACAGGCCCACGUUUCCCCACAGCUUGUACAACCUCAGUGUCUUAGAGCACAGUGCCAGUGGCACUGUGGUCACCAACAGCAUCCACGCUGUCGACCCAGACACGGGUGAGGGGGGCCGCAUCACCUACAGCCUGCUUCCGGGGAAUGGGGCAGACAUCUUUGCAGUGGAUCCAGACUCAGGGACAGUGACGGUGAGGGCCAGCGAGCUCCUGGACCGGGAGAAGCAGGCCGUGUACUACCUCACGCUGCAGGCCACAGACGGCGGGAACCUGUCGUCCUCCACCAUGCUGCAUGUUGUCCUGCUGGAUGUCAACGACAACCAGCCCGUGGUCAGCGGCUCCUACAGCAUCUUCGUCAAGGAGGAGGAGGGCAGCGUCUCUGUGCCCAUCCAGGCUCACGAUGACGACCAACCAGACACCAACAAUAGCCUCCUGCACUUCAGCCUGCUGCCCAGCGCCUACAGCCACAACUUCUCAGUGGACCCCAACCAAGGCAUUCUCAGGAACCUGGGGCCCUUGGACCGAGAGGCCAUUGACCCCGCCCUGGGGGGCCGCAUUGUGCUGACUGUGAAUGUGUCUGACUGUGGUGAGCCCGCCCUCUGGACUGAGGUCAACGUCACCAUCACUGUGGAGGACAUCAAUGACAAUCUGCCCGUCUUCAACCAGUCCAGCUACUCUUUCUCGGUGAGGGAGAGGGACGCAGGAGUGCUGGUGGGCGUGGUGGAGGCCUGGGAUGCAGACCAGACGGAAGCCAACAACCGCAUCAGCUUCAGCCUGGCGGGGAGCGGCGCCAACAACUUCAUGCUGCGAGGCUCGGUGCUGGGGUCUGGGCGGGCUGAGGGCCACCUCCAGUUGCCCGCGGACGUAAGCCUGGAUUAUGAGACACAGGCCUCCUUCAACCUGACCGUGAGUGCCGAGAACCCAGACCCCCAGGGGCGUGAAGCCACAGCAAAAGUCCUCGUGACUGUGGAGGACGUGAAUGACAUGCCGCCCACCCUGGACUCGGCCUCGCUCCGGGGCGUGCACGUGGCUGAGAACGGCUCCCAGCACGGCAUAGUGGCUGAGGUGGUGGCCCGGGACGUGGACACCAUGUCCCAGGUGGAAGUACAGCUCGUGAACGUCAUUUGUACCAAGGCCGGGGUCGACGUGGGCAGCCUGUGCCACGGCUGGUUCUCUGUGCUGGCCAACGGCUCUGUGUUCACCAAUCAGAGUGAGGCCAUCGACUAUGAGACCUGUGACCUGGUCACGCUGGUUGUGCGGGCCUAUGACCUCACAACGGACCCCCGCUUCCAGGCCUACAGUGACAACGGAAGCCUCCCCAUCACCAUUGAGGAUGUGAAUGACAAUGCACCCUACUUUCUGCCUGAGGAUAAGACUUUUGUGAUCAUCCCAGAACUUGUGAUGCCCAACCAGCAGGUGGCUUCUGUCCGGGCCAGAGACAGUGACUCAGGGAGCAAUGCGGCCAUCCUGUUUUCCAUCCUCCAAGCGGAUUUCAUCGCUAAUGAUGGGGCUGUGAUCCCUUUCCAAGGCUUCUUCCGGAUCCUCACGUCCUCGGAGGCCAACGAGUUCAUUGGCAACAUUGAGUUGGUGACCAACCUUGAUUCCACUCUCCAAGGCACUUAUCAAGUGACAGUCAAGGCCCAGGACAGACCUUCCAUGGGUCCUGCCAAGGAAGCCAAAAUCACCCUGAAUCUCUUCACUGUGGACCAGAGUUACCGUGUGAGGCUGCAGUUCUCCAUGAGCAGGGAGGAGGUGGGCGCCAACGUGGAGGAGAUUAAAGCUGCUCUUGCUCAGGCAACCAGGACUACUGUCUACAUUGUGAACAUUCAGGACAUAGACUCCGCAGCUCGGGCCCGAAGUCGUUCCUACCUUGAUGCCUACUUUGUCUUCUCAAACGGGUCGGCCUUGACUCUUGACCAGCUGAGUGUGAUGAUCCGGAAUGACCAGGACUCCCUGACGCAGCUGCUGCAGCUGGGGCUGGUGGUGCUGGGCUCCCAGGAGAGCCAGGAGACAGAGCUGCCUGACGUGCUCCGUAAUGUCGUCAUAGGAUUGGGAGUGGCUUUGCUGCUGGUCAUCGUGAUCAUGACCACAGCCCUCAUCUGUGCCCGGAAGAGCUACCACCGGAAGCUUCGGGCUAUGAAGGCUGCCAAGGAGGCCCGGAAGACAGCAGCAGGGGUGAUGCCCGUAGCCUCCGCCAUCCCUGGGACUAAUGUGUACAACACUGAGCGGGCCAAUCCCAUGCUGAACCUCUCCACCAAGGACCUGGGCUUUGAGUCUCAGUCUUCCUCCAGUGAUUUGGACCACAUCAGCCUCAACUCUCUGGAUAACAACUCUGUGGAUCUGGAAAAUAACAGUCAGGAAAUCAAGAAGGAGACCCCACACAGUCCAACAUGGCCAGAUCUAGAGCCCCUGAGCAGAGUGCUGUCAGGACGGGAAGCUGACACCCGUGGCCAGCAGGAGGAGCUGGGCUUCACCAACCCUGGCCUGAAUACCACAGACCUGUGAUGGGGCCCUGCCACAGGGCCCUGGCCAGAGAGCAGCCCCCCCCCCCCCGACUCUUCUGGUCUACCUCGGAAGAGGCCUUGUCACCCCUCCCUUAAUGUAGUAAUAUAUCAUGUUGCUCUA